AUGGCGACCGGAGGGACUGGCGCGGCGGGGCACCGCCCGCUCCGCGUCGCCCUGGCACCGAACCCCGGACGGCGCGUGGGCGCGCCCACGACUUGCUCCCGACGCUGUCCUCCUAGCCCGGAGGGCAUCGCGCGACCCCCGGCAGCCCCGCAGAGGCCGUCGGAGGCACCUGGAGGUCGCCCGCAGCCGGCCGGUCAUCGCCCGCGGCCGCGCGAUAUCCGACGAAAAUGGCGGCGCCCUAUCGCUUGGUAA